AUGAUGUCAACAAACUCGGUAAUUGUUCAAAAACCUCCAAACACACUGUAUUGUUCUUUCUCAAUUUAUGUUACUACUUGUAUUCUGGCUAUGUUUCAAAUUAUUCUAACCUCAUUUAUGGCGUAAGUUUAUUAGUUUUUCUUUCCAAUACAUUGGAAAUCACUCACCGCAACAAAAUAAUUGAAUUUCAGAAUCUUAUACAAGAAAGUGUUGGAAGGUGGAAGUUAUAUAGUUCACAUUGUUUUCUGGAUCCAUAUUUAUUGCAUCUUUGUGUCCACAAUCUUCUUUGUCUUCUGUGUUUACAAACGAAAAAUUGGAUCAGCCUAUGAAAUUGUUCUCCACGCAUACCUUCUUUGUGUUGUCAGUUCCCCGUUUUUUUUCAAAAUCUUCUACCUAUAAUUUUUUUCAGCUUCUCAAUGGCUUGACUUCAUUCUUCGGCGUAAUGUAUAUCCCACUUUUUUUCUUGCAAACUUCUCAUUCUUUCAUGGAAGGUAAGAAAGAAGUGAUAUUGAUUUUCAGCGCAGAAACAAUGUUUUUUUUGCAGGAGUCGAUUUUUUCGUCUGUUUCGCUGCUAGUGCUCUUCUUCUCGGUCUUCAAUGGGCCAUCAAACAGGUCACCGAACAAAUGUUACCGGUCAUGGAACACGAUUUCAAAGUUUAA